GAUAAUUCAAAAAUAUUCAAAAUAAAAUUAAAUAAAACGAGUUUUUAUGCGACAAAAAAAUAAAGUGACCAACCACGUGAGACAAGCUUAAGAUUCUUUAGAUAUUCAGUUAAAGUCCGGUGCGGCGCGUAUUGGCCGAAAACCUGACGUGUACACCGGUGUGAUCCGUUGCCAAGUAGGUCAACCGUGUGCGAGAGUGCGAGACUGAGUAAGAGAAAAAAAAGAACAAGUGGAAGGAUAAGACAGAGAGAGGAGAAGAAGAAAGGGAGAGAGAGAAAGAAAAAAAAGAGAGAAAAGAAAGAAUGGCGCACCGCGUGCUAUGCCCGUGAAGUCCAGCUCUCCUGAUGUCCAGCAGCUCGCUGUAGGCUUGUGAUCCAAAAUGGCGGACAUCGGUAGGCAUUACGGCUCGCUUCAAGUCAACGACGACCCCUCCGGGUGUACGGAAUCCUGAAGGAAAACUUCACGCAAUAUCGCGCCUUGACAUUCGUAUCCUUGAUCUUGCUUGCGGGGGUUGCAAGAGCAGUCGAUGAUCAUGGCAAGCUCGACGUCCAGGGUCCUCAUGACCUUGACAAUCCUUGCACUAUCUGGAGUGUUGGCCAUACAAAAUGAUAAAACAUCCUCUCGUACCUCUCGAGAAAAUAUCGUGCUGAGUGCCAGCGCGUACUCCGGUCCCGAAAAAACAUCCAGUGAUAGUCAAUCGGACGAGUCCUUGACUUUUCAAAGGACCGUCCCAGCAUUUCAGUUGGAAAGCUCGAAGAGCGUUCGCGAUUACGAUGGGGAACAAUCCAGGUUCGUAUUCAAAGAUACGGAUCGCGACGAGCCCAUCGACGAACUAACGUCGUCGAAGCAUGUGGCCCAUAUCGACGGUAAUAACAUCGAAGUAAAAGCCGGAGAAUAUUACAAGAUAGCGCCCACUACCAGCGAAUCGAUGUCGGGGGAAGGACAAGGGGCUCCGCUGAGAGUAGAUCUCCUGUCGGAGCCCCAUCAGCUGGUUGGCGUUCCGAGGCAACAAGCACAGCAUUCGCAACUAGUAACGGAUCUUCAACGACGAGGCCGUCAAGAGAUCCCGAGGAUCUAUAAGGAGCACGCGCCGCCGCCGAUUUUGCAAACUGUCGCACCAGGUCAAAGACAAGCAAAUCCUGAUAUACAAGACAUUAUCACCGGCAUCGUCAAGCUACUCAAUGGCAACGUAAACGUAGCUGCCAACACCGUGAGGCCAUUGAGGCCGAUACAAGCCACAAGGAUCAACAAUAGAGGACCGCCAAGAAUUUCGGAUGUGCCGCCUUUACCGCCGGAUUUUGACACUCCUGGUAUGAAUCCACCACCGCCGCCGCCGCUCUCAUCAUCCCAUCCUUAUCCGUUCGAAAAGCCCCCUGCACCCGACAGACCAUUGCUAAAUCAAUUACCACCAGAGAGACCCGUUAGGCCCUUCAUCAACGGAGUGCCAUUACCAGAACAGGUCGUGCCGCCUUGGACUUGGGACUCUUCGCAUAAUGGCAACAGACGACCGGUACUAUCCUACAAACCCUCGCCACCCCCGCUGGAUUCCAGUUUCCAUCGCGAUAAGAAUUUCUCGAUGACGGAGAAUUCGCAAUACGAUUUAAAACCGGAAUCUGAAAUAUCCCAAGAAAGCUCCACGAUAAAGAAAGACGCUAGCCAUCAAGAAACGCCUAUCGAAGACGGCGAUACUAAGAAUCAUACGAGCAAUUUUGGCGUUGAUAAAGAUCGAGUCGAGAUCACCGCGACGAACAAUGAUUCAGCUAUUCAGACCACGACGAAAAAGUCUGAAAUUGAAGAGUCUACAAAGAAGCAUCAUAUCGUAAACAAGUAUCAUACACCUUUGAAGGAGAACAAAAUUAAUGGCGAGGAAACAUUGAUCCUCGGUGUCGCUACAGAUUACAUCACUCCGACUCACACGACGCGAUAUCCGGAACCCUCGAAGACGACAACGUCUUCACAAGUUAAAGUUACGAAAUCGUCGAAGAGCGACGAGAAAGCUUCGUUUGCAACUUUCAAGGUGGAAAAACCGAUCGAGAAAACUACCUCGAUCGCCACGAAGACUUUCUCGACCAGUACCUUAAAUAUAGAGACCAGUUCGUCGGUUCAAGUGAUCGAAUCUAUACCGACAAAAGUCAUUCUUCGACCGACUUUCGCUGAUUCUGCAGAAUCAAGCACCGAUAUCAAAUCCGCCGUGAAUUUGGAACCUAGCAGCGUAUCAGAUGUCGAAUACACAGAACCGAUGUCCAGCCUCUCGACGCCAACUGACGGUCUUCCUACGAGUUAUUCAAGGAGCUCGACCACGAUGGAAAAGAGUACCGUUCGUCCUACGACCCUUACGAAAAAUACAGGAUCUACGGAACGUUAUCGUCCACGACCUGGAAUCGUUCUGGACGACACUCUGGAUUAUACAGGUGCGCAAGGAUUGCCAAGUCAGAGGCCUUACAUCACACCAUUGAGACAUCCAGCUCCCGGUGACAUCUUUGAUGUAACUGUCUCGGCAAUUCAGGGGCCUGGAGGAAGCUCCGGAGAGAGCGUUAGGGUAUCUGUGAACUCAGGUAGCGGUGAUGUCAUAUUAACUUCCGCUGUGGGCGGACAAGGUUUCGUUAGCAUCGAUGGUAAAAGAACGUAUCUAAAUUUGUUCGAUAAUACGGAUCGGACACCCGGAUCCACCCAUGUACAACCGCAACCGACUAGAACUCAACCGCCGCCCAUCAUCGGUACUGGUCUUGCCAUUCCACAACCGGACGUUCCUGUCGCCACUUUACGCCCGAAUGGACCGAACCGGAGGCAACCACCGUUAUAUCGAAGACCGACACAGCCACCCGUCAGAAUAGACACUUGUAUCGUAGGCGAUACAAGUACGUGCGACGCGAAUCAACACGAGGCUUGCGCGACCGUUCAAGGGGUAUCGGCUUGUCAUUGCAAGCCAGGAUACGCGAGAUUGCAGCAUUCGCUACCGUGCAAAAGGAUUGUUAGCAUUGUUGUGUCAAUUAGAGUGGAUAAAUUCUACGACAAGAAAAUUGUAUGGGAUCGAGGACUGGCUGAUAAGGAUUCAGAAUCUUAUCAGACUCUCGCUUACGAGGCCAAUAGAGCCAUUGAAUCUGCCAUGUCUAUGACACCGUUUUCGGAUGAAUACAUGGGAUCACUGAUAAACAAUGUUUAUCAAGGAGACGUGAGUCAAGGACAAGGCGGAGUUUUUAUAAAUGCAACUUUAAAGCUCACUUACGAAGCGAGAACAAUUAGGCCAAGUUUAGCUGGGGAGCUCCAAAGACAUUUACUAGGUGUUAUUCAUAGAAGGAAUAACAAUAUUGGAAACAGUGCCUUAUAUGUAGAGAGUCCACCUGGAUCCAUAUCGAAUUUGCAAGAUUUGGACGAGUGCGCUUCGUCGGAAUUGAACGAUUGUCAUUCCUCCGCCAGUUGUGCCAAUACAUUCGGCGGUUUCACGUGCUCCUGUAAUCAGGGAUUAAAAGAUCCUCACAAAGACGAUCUCGAAAAAUCCGGUAGAAUAUGUCUGACGUGCCCUUCGACCUACUGCAACAAUCGUGGCACUUGCUCUUAUCAAGGAGAUCAAAUGCAAUGCGCGUGCACCGGCAAUUACUAUGGCGCGCAAUGCGAGGUUGAUGGUGAAGUCUUGGGUGUUGCUAUAGGCGCAUCUGUGGCUGCAUUAAUAAUAAUCGUGCUAACGCUAGUCUGUCUUGUUAUGUGGAGUCGAAAAUGGUCUCGCGAACAAAAGUCUGCAGGUUCCCCGGUGUACGGUUAUAUUCAAGGCGGAAUUCCCGGUACUCUUCCCGGAACUUUAGCGAGGGUCGGUUCUGUAGGCACUCUAGCAUCCAUAAAACAAGGUCCGCCGACGAAUUUACCGCCUUACAUGUGGGCUCAUUUUGGGGAUCACAUGGCAACAGCGAAUGUCUAUGCGACCGAACCCAUGGGCCCUACGCGACCGAGUUCGGCAAUGUUCGGUUAUCCACCUAUGAACAUUCACGGAACAUUGCCACCGGUUCCAUUACCGCGACUUCAAGCUCCACCGCGGCAAAGACUGAGACCCCAACCAGAUCCAGAUAGCUCGGAUUCCGAGCCACAGGAUAAGGACAGAGCCGACCUAAUUCCUCAGAGCAGUGGUUUUCACGUGCCGAGGCCGAAGUCGAGGUCCUCAUUAGCGAAUCAAAGCGGAAUUUACAACGACGUGGAGUACGAUCAGGGUGACGUUCAUCAUCUGUCGAAGAACAAUAUUCCGCUGUCGACCUACAGACCGUACUACAGAACGUAAAAUUCACUUCGAGAGAAAUAACACAUUCGUGCGCACGUGUAUGUCAAGAAACGACGUUAAAUAAACCCAUUACAAUAUUUAUCAUCUGAAGUGCUCAAUAAAUAGUGCAUUAGGAUUCGUAGCGUUACCGGUGUGCGAGAAGUAAUUCUACGAUAGGAAGCUGCGAUUCCAGAGUCGUCAGAGCAAAUAUUCGGAAUUUAUACGGAAGAUUUACAUAUGUGGAGGAAGUAAGCCUAAUUGUACGCAGCGUGUAUCAAGCAGAUUAAAUCUUGCUUGUUAUGGAGUCGUGUUUUUUUUAGUCACGCGAUCGUAUUUACGAUAGAUCGAUUAAUUCCCAGUAAAAUACGGAUAUUUAUUACGCAUUUUUAUUGUUACGGUAUUUUGUAGAAUUCAAGAAAUUAAAUUGCUAUUGAAUAGUUUUAUUAAGGGAAAGAUAUGCGUCGAUUGCACAUAUACAUACUUGGCUAUUUUUAAUUACUAUUAAUUAUUAUUAAUAGCUCAAUACUCAGAAUAAGAAUAACUUAUAUAAGCAUAA